GCCCUCCAGGGGGCCAGAGUCCGGCUUGACUCAUCCUCCACCUCACUGGGGCUGAGGUCCCAGCUCUGUAACAGUAAACAUCAUUUCAGCCCAGCACAGCGGAGAACAACCCAGCACAGAAUUCUUCUGCUCUUUCCCUACACCAUGGAGUACCUUUCUGCCCUGAACCCCAGCAGCCUGGUCAGAUCAGUAUCCAAUAUGAGCUCUGAGUUUGGCCGUAGGAUCUGGACUUCACCUCCACCGCCCCAGCGACCUUUCCGCGUCUGUGAUCACAAACGGACCGCGCGGAAAGGUCUGACAGCUGCCACUCGCCAGGAACUGCUAGACAAGGCACUGGAGACCCUGCUGCUGAGCGGAGUGCUAACCCUGGUGCUAGAGGAGGAUGGGACUGCCGUGGAGAGCGAAGACUUCUUCCAGCUGUUGGAGGAUGACACAUGCCUGAUGGUGUUGGAGUCUGGGCAGAGCUGGAGUUCCAGCAGGAGUGGGAUGCUGUCCUAUGGCCUGGGCCGGGAGAAGCCCAAGCACAGCAAGGACAUCGCCCGCAUCACCUUUGACGUGUACAAGCAAAACCCUCGAGACCUCUUUGGGAGCCUGAACGUCAAAGCCACAUUCUAUGGGCUCUACUCCAUGAGUUGUGACAUUCAAGGACUCGGCCCAAAGAAAAUACUCAGGGAGUUCCUCCGAUGGACCUCCACACUGCUGCAAGGCCUGGGCCAUAUGCUGCUGGGAAUUUCCUCUACCCUUCGCCAUGUAGUGGAAGGGGCUACACAGUGGCAGCAGCAGGGUCACCUUCAUCCCUACUGAGAAGGGGCUCGGAGCUUCUGCCCCUAGAGAUGGCUGUAGGGACUGUGACGACAUCCCGUUUAGGGACCCGCAGAUAGUGCAGACUAGAUAACUCACCUGGUUUUCCCACUGCCCUCUGACCCCAUCAGCAUAGUGCCUUACACCCCUAGCCUAUACCCAUUCCUGAAGAAUGCUGUCCCUUCUUAGCCAUCUUUUCAGCCUCCCACCUACCCUGAAAGCCACAACCUUGCCCCAGGCAUCUUGACAGCACUCUGAUUGCUGCUGCCUCUAGAGUUCUGACAACUCCUCCUCUCCCUGAGCUCCCCAGCGCGCUGAAGACAGCCCUCUUAAACUUUACCUUGAGAUCUCUAUUUCUCCAUACCCUUCCCCCCCAAGAAUAACAAAGACAUUUCCAAUACAAAUAUAAAAAUGUUUACCAAUAA